AUGGGUGUGGCCAAGCGUACUCGGAAAUUUGCCCAGGUUAAGCGUAUCAUUGGCAAACGUGACUCCAGGAUAAAGGAGAAUCAGGGCAAGGGUGAUGCCAUCAACAAGAAGAAGGCCGCUGAGGCCGCCACAGAUGAGGUGGUUCGAGAAGUGAAGGAGAUGCCCAUCCAAAUGUUCUUCUCCCACAACACAGCUCUCGUGCCGCCCUACAACUGCCUGGUCGAUACCAACUUUAUUACACACUCUGUCCAGAGGAAGCUUUCUCUUGUACAAGCUAGCAUGGACCUGCUGUACGCAAAGGUGAACAUGUACAUCACAACAUGCGUGCUUGCCGAGUUGGAAAAGCUCGGUCCCAAGUACCGACUAGCACUCCGCGUUGCCAAGAGUGAGAAUUUCGAGGUUCUCAAGUGCCAGCACAAGGGUAUCUAUGCCGAUGACUGCAUAUUUGACCGCGUGUCCAAGUCUCGCAUCUUCAUCGUUGGUACCGACGACAAGGACCUGCAGAGACGGUUGAGGAAGAUACCUGGUGUACCCAUCAUGAAGGUGGGUAGGGGCAAGUAUGUGAUUGAGAAUAUGCCCGGUGCGCCGCAAUGA